AUGGGAAAGGAAGAAGAAAAAGAGCAGAAAGACGAGAUAGACAGGAAUGUGUUAAGGAAGUAUGACAUAAUAAAAAGAAUAGGGAAGGGAGCGUACGGAAUAGUAUUUAAAGGAAGAUGUAAGAAGAAUAAAAAGAUUGUAGCAGUGAAAAAGAUAUUUGGAGCAUUUCAAAAUUCAACAGAUGCUCAAAGGACAUAUCGAGAAAUCAUGUUUUUGUAUCAACUUAAUGGACAUGAUAAUAUAAUAAAAUUAAUGGAUGUAAUGAAAGCAAAAAAUGAUAAUGAUAUAUAUUUAGUAUUUGAUUAUAUGGAAACAGAUUUACAUGAAGUAAUAAGAGCAGAUUUAUUAGAAGAAAUUCAUAAAAAAUAUAUUAUAUAUCAGUUAUUAAGGGCAUUAAAAUAUAUACAUUCAGGUUUAUUAUUACAUAGAGAUAUUAAACCAUCAAAUAUAUUACUAAAUGCUGAAUGUCAUAUAAAGGUGGCAGAUUUUGGAUUAGCUAGAAGUAUAUCAACAGAAGUUAAUGAAAACAAAAUUCCCGUUUUAACAGAUUAUGUAGCUACAAGAUGGUAUAGAGCACCAGAGAUUUUGUUAGGUAGUACUAAUUAUACAGAAGGUGUAGAUAUGUGGUCUCUAGGUUGUAUUAUGGCUGAACUGGCAAUAGGAAAGCCAUUAUUUAGAGGUAAUUCUACAAUGAAUCAAUUAGAAAGAAUUAUAGAAAUCACUGGAAAACCAAAUAAAAAAGAUAUUGAAGAUAUUAAAUCCCCAUUUGCCGAAACGAUUAUAUCAUCUUUCGUUAAUAUUAAAAAAAGAAAUUUUUCAGAUAUAUUCCAUAAAGUUUCUAAAGAUUCGUUAGAUCUACUCCAAAAGAUGUUACAAUUUAAUCCUUCUAAACGUAUAAGUGCAGAAAAUGCACUAAAACAUAAAUACGUUGAGCAAUUCCACUUUCUUAUUGAUGAACCUGUGUGCAGGAGAAUUGUUACAAUUCCAGUUGAUGAUAGCACAAAAUUUAAAGUCAAUUUUUAUCGAAAUAUUGUCUAUAGUGAUAUCAUGCGAAGGAAAAAGUGUUAUGCGUAUCAGCAGCCCUUAGGUAAUGGUCACUCUAAAAGGGGACCUAGUCUCUUGGCCAAUUCGAGGGGCAAAAUGAGUCAGGCUGAACAGGUAUGCCAGGGGAAAGUAGCGCACGAAGGAAAAGAAGCAGAAGAAGCGGAAGAAGUGGAAGAAGUGGAAAAAGUGGAAGAAGUGGAAGAAGUGGAAGAAGUGGAAAAAGUGGAAGAAGUGGAAGAAGUGGAAGAAGUGGAAGAAGUGGAAGAAGUAAACGAGUCAAACAGAGCAAAAGAGGCAGAGGGGGUCGUAGUGGAAGAUGCAUCGGAGGAAGAGGCGGGUCAAGGAAAUAAGGAUAUCAGAAGAGAUAUUUUAGGAACCUCUGUGACGACAGGUACAGCAGUAACCGCCACUACUGCCACCAGUAGAAAUAACAAAUGGAGCUCGAAAAAAACGAAUAACAAAAUGAAAUUCUCUGAAUCGUCUAAUGCAGUUUAUUCAAAGAAUUAUGAACAUAUGAAUAUGAAGAAACAAACUUAUUCCCAUGCAGAUAAGAAAUGUCAUAAUAAAAAGGGGUUGAAACAUAAGGAAAUGAAAAAUAUUAAAAUUAGUAGUGAAAAGGAGAAAGCAGAAGCUUACUGUGAUAGUUCGUUACAUAAAUACAAUGAAAUGUCUGCCCCUCAGUCGAACGAGAAAUACUACUAUGAGCAUAAUACCAUUGAAAAUAAAAAUAAUAGAAGAGCUGACCUUUUUUAUUAUAAAGCUCUUAAAAGUAUGAACAUGGAAGGUAAGGAUAGAAGAAGAACAUCUAUCAAUAACGGUGUUGUAGGCUCGAUGGCGAACAGGCAGAAUUUUGAUAAGCCAUAUGCGAAGGGGAGAAUGGUGAUAGAGAACGUAAACAGGGGUGUUAUCAAGUGUGGAGGAAGACAUGUGGACAGGAGUGGCAGUAAAAAUGUGGAUAAAAGUGGAUGCAAAAAAAAGGAUCGAAGUUAUUUAGCUAACUUUAACGAUAUGAAUAGAAGAAAACACGAGCACCCCAUUUCGCAAGAUACUUCAUCUAGUAAGAACAGAUAUAAAGUAAAUUGCGAAUGGGAUGAAAACAAAAUGAAAGAAACGCGAAAAGGUAACUUUUGUAUGACAUAUUAUUAUGAUCUAACUGAUGAAAAACAUCAAACGAAUAAAAAAAAAAGCGGGUGA